AUGCAUGAAACAUUGUGCACUGAAAGGAAACCAUAUGCUUGUGAUUAUUGUAAAAAAUCAUUUUUGCAAAAUUCAGAAUUAAUAACUCACUUGAGAAUACACACGAAUGAGAAACCAUAUGCUUGUGAGUAUUGUAAAAUGACAUUUUCUCAGGGUUCCAGUUUAAAAACACAUUUAAGGGUACACACUAAUGAAAAAAAUGAAAAACCGUAUUCUUGUGGUCAGUGUAAUAAGACUUUCUCUCAGAGUUCACAUUUAAAAGCUCAUUUGAGGAUACACACUAAUGAAAAACCAUAUUCUUGUGAGUAUUGUAAAAUGACAUUUUCUCAGGAAAGACAUUUUCUACCAUAUUCUUGCGAGCAUUGCAAAAAGACAUUUUCUCAGGGUUCUAGUUUGAAAAUACAUUUGAGGGUGCACACUAAAGAAAAACCAUAUUCUUGUAAGUAUUGUGAAACAAAGUUUUCUAAUAAUUCUAGCUUGAAUCUACAUUUGAGAAUACACACUAAUGAAAAACCAUAUUCUUGUGCGCAUUGUAAAAAGACAUUUUCUCAGAGUUCCAGUUUGAAAUCACAUUUGAGGACACACACUAACGAAAAACCAUAUUCUUGUGAGUAUUGUAAAACAACAUUUGCUCAUAGUUCAAGUUUAAAAAAUCAUUUGAGGAUACACACUAAUGAAAAACCUUAUUCUUGUGAGUAUUGUAAAAAGGCAUUUUCUCAGAUCGGAAAUUUGAAAACACAUUUGAGGAGACACACUAAUGAAAAACCAUAUUCUUGCGAGCAUUGUAAAAAGCCAUUUACUGAUAGUUAUGCUUUGAAAACACAUUUGAGGACUCACACAAAGGAACAACCCUAUUCUUGUGAGCAUUGUAGUAAGAAAUUUUCUGUUAAUUCAAGUUUAAAAAUACAUUUGAGGACACACAAUAAUGAAAAACCAUAUUCUUGUGAUUAUUGUAAAAAGAAAUUUUCUCAGAUUGGUCAUUUGAAAACGCAUUUGAGGGUACACACUAGGGAAAAACCAUAUUCUUGUGACCAUUGCAAAAAGGCAUUUUCUGUUAAUUCAAGCUUGAAAUUACAUUUGAGGACACACACUAACGAAAAACCAUAUUCUUGUGAGUAUUGUCAGAUGACAUUUUCUUUUAGUGCAAAUUUAAAAACACAUUUAAGGACGCACACAAACGAGAAACCAUAUUCUUGUGAGCAUUGUAAGAAGGCAUUUUCUAAUACUUCAAGUUUGAAAUCACACUUGAGGAUACACACUAAUGAAAAACCAUAUUCCUGUGAGUAUUGUAAAAAGACAUUUUCUCAUAGUUUUUCUUUCAAAAAGCAUUUAAGGAUGCACACUAAUGAAAAACCAUAUUCUUGUAAUCAUUGUAAAAAGGCAUUUUCUGUUAGUUCAGUUUUGAAAACACAUUUGAGGAUACACACUCAUGAAAAACCGUAUUCCUGUGAAUGUUGUAAAAAGACUUUUUCUUCUAAUUCAGGUUUGAAAUCUCAUAUGAAGACACACACUAAUGAAAAACCAUAUUCUUGUGAUCAGUGUAAUAAGACAUUCUCUCAGAGUUCAAGUUUAAAAUCACAUUUGAGGACGCACACUAAUGAAAAACCAUACUCCUGUGAGUUUUGUAAAAAGGCAUUUUCUUUUAAUUCAAAUUUUAAAACACAUUUGAGAACACACACUAAUGAAAAACCAUAUUCUUGUCAGUAUUGUAAAAAGGCAUUUUCUGAUCAUUCUACUUUGAAAAGACAUUUGAGGACUCACACAAAGGAAAAACCAUAUUCCUGUGAGUAUUGUAAAAAGACUUUUUCUCGGAUGUCAGAUAUGAAAAUACAUUUGAGGAUACACACUAAUGAGAAACCAUAUUCUUGUGCUCAGUGUAACAAGACAUUCUCUCAGAGUUCACAUUUGAAAAUUCAUUUGAGGACUCACACAAAGGAAAAACCAUAUUCUUGUGAGUAUUGUAAAAUGAUAUUUGCUCAUAGUUCAAGUUUGAAAAAACAUUUGAGGAUACACGCUGAAGAAAAACCAUAUUCUUCUCAUUAG